UCCCGCCGGUCGCCAGUGGACUACCCGGGCGAAAUAUAGAUGGCUGCGGCUCCAGAGAGUGAGAUAGACCGUCGGCCGAUCCGGAGAGCCCGGUCCAAGAGCGACACCCCUUACAUAAACGAGGCACGGCUCUCUCUGCACCUGGAAACAGCUGAGGAGGUGGAACGUCUGGCAGCGAUGCGCUCUGAUUCGCUAGUGCCCGGCACACACACCCCUCCUAUUCGCCGGCGGAGCAAGUUUGCCACUCUGGGGCGUAUCUUCAAGCCCUGGAAGUGGAGGAAGAAGAAGAGCGAGAAGUUCAAGCAGACCUCUGCCGUUUUGGAGAGGAAGAUGUCCACUCGCCAGAGCAGGGAGGAGCUGAUCAAGAGGGGAGUGCUGAAGGAGGUCUACGACAAAGAUGGGGCAGGGCAGGCCAUGCGAGAGGAGGUGAAGUUAGAGAACGGCCGCUCUCCUGUAACGGGCUCUUACCCGUCCGACUGUGACGGAGCAGAGCUCAUGGAUGGAGCUACUUCCUCCUUAGGCUCCGUGGAGUUCCAGAUGUGCGGCGAGGGGGCGCGCCCCUCGGACCUGACCCCGAAGACCAACCAGACACCCCCUGCUAAGAAGUUGGGGGCGUAUCCAGGCAACGGCACCGAGUCGUCAUAUCCCAAACCACCCACGCUACACAAGCAACCGCCGGCCUUGCCCCCGAAACCUUUCAACAGGCUUCCCAACCUCAUCUCAGACGGAGGUCCGGUCAAGCUUCCCUGCAUGGCAGUCAAGCUCUCCCCCCCCCUGCCUCCCAAGAAGCUCCUGAUCUGCGUGCCUGCGGGGGGCGCCGAGCCCUCGCCCCUCGGCCCCUUCCAGAAGGGCCCCCCUCCCGCCCACGGCUCGCUGGGGGGCCACUCUCUGCAAUACGGGACGCUGCCCGUCCCCCUGCACACCCCCAGUCGGAUCAUCGAGGAGCUCAACAAGACCCUGGCCCUCACCAUGCAGAGGUUUGAGAGCACCAUGAUGCAUGCCGUUCCCACGGUGAUGGUCGACUGCGACGACAACAAAGAAAACCGACCCGGCGAGGCGGACUACGAAGACCUGCCCGGCAUGUAUAAGGACGAGGACGAGGAGGAGGAGGAAGAGGAAGAGGAGGAUGAUGACGAAGAGGAGGAGGAAGAUGAGGAUGAGGACGAUGAUGAUUCACUGUUUACAAGCACUCUGGCGAUGAAAGUGUUGAGGAAGGACUCACUGGCCAUUAAACUGAGUAACCGUCCGUCUCUGCGAGAGCUGGAGGACAAAAACAUCUUGCCCACGCUGUCUGACCAGGAGAGACUCGAGUCACGGCAGCAGAUCGGCACCAAGCUGACACGGAGGCUGAGUCAGCGUCCGACAGCAGAGGAGCUGGCGCAGAGGAACAUACUCAAACCGUGCACUGAACUGGAGGAGCUGGAGGAGAAGAGGGAGAUCAAGAGACACUUGAGUAAAAAGCUGAGCCAGAGGCCCACAGUGGAGGAGCUGAGGGAGGCUAAGAUCCUGAUCCGCUUCAGCGACUACGUGGAGGUGGCCGACACCCAGGACUACGACCGGAGGGCGGACAAACCGUGGACGCGGCUGACUCCAGCCGACAAGGCUGCCAUACGGAAGGAACUCAACGAAUUCAAAAGCACAGAGAUGGAGGUGCACGAGUCGAGUCGCCAUCUAACCAGGUUUCACCGACCAUAGGGUUCCUCAGUGAGCUCUCGACCAUGUUUGACACCCCUGGGACAAGGACCCGUGGCUGGACUGUAAUCCAACCCCCACCCAUCCC